AUGCCUUCCGAUAUUGAGAUUUCUGGUUUUUACAACUCUAUUAAGGAACAGGAAACUUAUUUCACUUGGCUUCGGAGAUACAUGGAAAUAACAUCUGUCUUAAACAUCAUCUUUGUAACUUUGACCUUUUAUCUCAUUCGAACUGAAGGUAAAAACUUGAAGCCUGAAUACAAACAAGUCCUUCUCUGCAACCUAUUUCUCCCCGCUAUAUUCAGUUUGUACAUGGGUUUCGUUUAUCAACCAUACAUAGUUUUCCCCUAUCAUCUUCUACUCACCGUUGGUUUUUUUCGUUUUGGACCUUUUGUAACCGCCCAUCUCUUCAAUAUCUGCUGCACUGUUGCUAUUUUGUGCUCCAUGGGCUUUAUCUACUCGUUUUGGUUCAAUUACAUCACUAUUUGUUUCCGUAUUUCCAAACAAAGCUCUACAAAAUCCAAUCUUAUCGGAUUAAUAAUAGGAGUAAUUUUCACUAUCGUCAAUUUUGUGCUCAUGACUAUCGGAGUGGACGAUCAUCAGUAUGAAGAUCGAGACAACUUGUUUGAGGGAGAUGAGAAAUUACGGUACUUCUUCGAUGAGUAUUCUAUCGCUAUCGUCAGAGUGAGAGACAAAUGGUCCCUGAAGGCGCUCAGUGUAGAGGCGUUCGUUGGAAUUACAGUGGUGGUCGUUGUUAUUCCAAUUAUCACAAUCAAGUCUCAUACAACAUUGAGCAGAAUACACAACAUGAUCUCUAAACAGACAUUGAUUCAGUUGAAAAAUGCACUUGCUAUCAGUCUUUGGUAUCUUUUUCAGUUUGGAUUACUGGUGGGUAUACCGGCUGCCACUGCUAUGGCUCUGUUGUUGAUGCAUUAUGCACCAUCGGAAACUUUCCCACUGGCUUUGGUUGUUCUGGCACCGACGCAAUUAACCUGCCCAGUAAUUUGCGUCCUGUAUCUAUCGGUCAUAAAACCGCUGCGUUAUGGCUUUCUACGACUAGUAGGACUGCAACGAUUUGCUCCUAAAUCAGCUGUCAAAAUUUCCACUCAAUCUCAGCUCUCAACUUUCACAUCCCAUGCACCCCCAACACGCAAACAUCGCAACCCGUACGGGUCCAUACGGCUUCAAUAA